AGUAGUCUACGUGGGUGUGUGUAUGUAUGUGGAUGUAUGCUGAUGUUGGGUGUGUACGAGUAUGUGUUGGUGUUGUGAGUGCAUGACAAACGCGGCAAUGAAAUGUAAACCCAUCCGUUCGGGAUUUCUAUUCGAUGAUGAGAUCGCACGUGAGGUCGAACCAACACAGAUUGUACCAUACACACAUAAUUGAUAUAACAGAAAAGAAAACGAGCAUAUCUAUUUCGACUACAAUAUAUGGGUCCGAAUAUAGCCGAAAAAAGCGGAAUAACCGAGAGACAGAGAAAACGAGAAAGAAGAAUCAGGGGCACAACAACGAGUGAGAGAGAUUGAGUUGUCAGAAGAAAUGUCAGGAGCAAUGAUGUGUACAAUUAUGCAAAAAGAAAUGUGGUUGUUGUAAAUGUGUAGUUGUUGCUGCUCUUGCUUGCUUACCAAAAGACGACGACGAAAUGAUUUGUGUGUUUUAUUAGAGUUUUGGUUGUCGGUAGCCCAUAAGUGUAUUACAUGAAAAAUUGUACCUCAUUUUCUUUUCAAAAUCAAUUGAAAGUGGAUGUACUUUGAAUAAAUAUUAGGCAGUCAUCAAACAACGUUCUUUAUUUGGCACAUACAAUCCAAGUUGUCAACGAGAGAUUUGUGCGAAAUUUUUGUUUAUUUUUCAAUUUCGAUUUUACGUUGAAUUCGCGGCGCGGUCAUUCGGUCCAUUUGUCAUCAUAGAUAUCUGUGAAAAACAAUUGUGUAAUUUUCUUCAUUCGUUUGCCGAAAAUUAACAUCCUGUGUAAUAUUUUUUUUGUGUAGAGUUUUUCGACGAAAUUUUACUAACGUCGAUUUGUGAAUCGAUUUUGAGUCAUCAACAUACGACUUUUUUCAUUUGACAAGUUAUAUUUCAAAAAAUCAACUUAUAUAUGACAUACAUAUAUCAUCGAUUGUGUUUAGCGCGCGCUCACUCGUGACAAUGUUCUCAAACAAUAAAGUCAUUUGAUAAUUAGUUUUAAAUCACACUCACACGAGAUAUCGUUUCGAUUGCAAAUCAUUUUCAUGGUUCGUUUGUUCGUUCCUUGUUUUGAUAAGGUACGAGAAAAAUUGAUUAAUCAACAACAGUAAAACGUACACAUGUAUUUUCCGAAUGUAUCAGUGUGUAAUUGAGUGCAAACAAGUACAAGUGUGAUAAAACCAUAUUCUGCAGCGCGGAAGAAAACGAUCUAUAGAACGUUUUACGAGAGUAAAUGAAGUGAAGAGGUUCUUUUAUCAGAACAACAAACGGAAGACAACGAAACCGUCCGCCCUCUCUUCAAAAAACGGUGUACUCAUACAGAAAAUUAUCCAAUCAAUAAUGGAGAUACAUAAGAAUGAGAAACGUGUCUAUAAAUUAGUUUUAACCGGCGGUCCGUGUGGCGGUAAAACAACUGGCCAAUCUCGGAUGUGCACUUUCUUUGAAAAUCUUGGCUGGAAGGUUUUCCGAGUGCCUGAAACGGCCACUGUGUUGCUCAGCGGCGGUAUCAAGUUCUCGGAUUUAACGGAGACGGAAGCGUAUCAUUUUCAAGAGAAUCUUCUAAGGACAAUGAUUCAAAUCGAGAACACAUAUUUUGAGCUGGGAAAAUCCUGUUCCAAAAAUUGUCUUAUUAUUUGUGAUAGAGGCGUAAUGGAUGCAAGUGCUUAUAUUUCUAAAGAUAAAUGGGCAAAAAUGACGGCGGCCAAUGGUUGGAAUGCCGUCGAGCUACGUGACAAUCGUUACAAUCAUAUUGUGCAUAUGGUAUCGGCUGCCAACGGUGCUGAAGAUUUCUAUUCGACUGAGGAGCAUGCAUGCCGUUCUGAAGGUGUUGAGUUGGCUAGAGAUUUGGAUUAUAAAUCAGCCGCUGCUUGGGUCGGCCAUCCGUAUUUCGAUGUCAUUGACAAUUCAACCGAUUUCGAAACGAAAAUCAACCGGAUGCUCGAAUGUGUUUGCCAAAAGUUGGGCAUCGAUACCGGCGAUCGCUUGUUGCGAACAUCGCGAAAGCUCAAAUUUUUAGUUGGCGGAAAGCUACCAGCUGAUAGCGAAUUUCCUGCAGACUUUCAGGAUUUCGAUGUAGUUCAUCAUUAUUUGCAAUCGAAUGGCCCAAAAUGUCAGGCGCGGUUACGGAAACGUGGCCAAAAAGGCAAUUGGUCGUAUACACACACGUUACGACGACCACACGUGCAUAAUCAAUCAGUCGAAACCAAAACACAAAUCACCCAUCGCGAUUACAUGAACCUAUUGGCACAACGCGAUGAUGCCCAUUUUACUAUUUACAAAAAGCGGCGAUGCUUCUUAGUCAAUAACCAGUAUUUCCAACUGGAUGUGUACAAAGAACCCAGCCAUCCAAGAUGUAAGGGUCUGAUGCUCUUGGAAACGUAUUCAUCACUUGACGGUGAAAAACUGUUGAAUUGUUUGCCAAAAUUCUUAAACAUUUUGAAAGAGGUGACUGGUGAUCCAUCGUUUUCCAUGUUCAAUCUGUCGUUGAAAGAAGACUGGAGCAAAACGAAAAAAUUCUGCCAUUCGUUACACGGUAAGGACCAGAGAUUGGAACAAGCAUAUACUCGUUAUGGUGCUGCUGAAGUGCAAAGAAAUGGCACGGUACAGUUGAAUAACCAUAGCGAUAAAGUUAAUUGUGAACAAAACAACCAUGAAAAUUAUGUGCAUAGCAAUGAAAGUCAUACAUCUGACAAUACAGCACAUCCAAUUGCCAAUUCAAAUUCACCAAACUAAUGAUUUUUAACCUUAUAACUACGCACAUAUGAAGCGGAAAAUGAGAGAGAAAGAGAGUUAGAAUAGAUAGUUAAAAAAAGAGUGGAAUUGAACAAAUUGUUGUAAUAUCUAUUGAAAGUAAAUCAUUUUACAAGUCAAAUUUAGUGAUUGAAUUUGUCAUAAAAAUGGGCGAGAUUGAACAAGACAUAUUCUGAUAUUAUAUGCAAACGCGCUCCGGGAUUUUCAUACAAACUUCCCAUGUUGACAAUCAAACACAGCUGAAAGUCUUGAUACUGAUAUAUUGCGUAUCCAUUGUCCAAUCCAUUGGAAAUUCCACAUCGCAAAUAAUACUGUAUAAUAUACUGUCACAGCGCCGUACCCAGAAAUUUUUUUUGGAGGGUACAAAAUCGAUUUUUUUUUUGUUCAUUUUUUUCUUUAUGGUGCAACAAAAAAUUUUGGAGGGUGUAAUGCACCCAUUGUACUGGCCUGGGUACGGCGUUGUACUGUCAGAAUAUGUCUUGUCUUCAAUCUCAUCCACUCAAUCUCACCUAUUGACUUCAUUGUUCUUCGACUAAUUUAUUCUCGCUUGAAUGAUAUUUUUCUAAAAUUUGGAUAGUGAAAUUCAAUUCCAACCAUUUUAAAAUAAAAAUGCAGAAAACAAAUUGAUAUCAUGUUCGAUUGUAUGCUAUUGAAAACUAUAUGUUUUUUGAAUGAAAACAAGAUAGAUUCAAAUUAGUCAAACUAACUCAUAGCUGAUCAAGCCAUUGUGUAAUUGAUUUUUUGCAUUUAAAUAUUAUGUAAUAGGAAAAAGAAAUGUGUUAAUUAUAGUUAAUAGUGACAUUAAAAUGUGUAGAGUAGUACAUUUCCUUUUUCAAACUUACAUUAUAUAUAUAAAGGGUGUUUUUUUUAAAUCCGUUUUUUUUUAUAUUGAAAUAAAACACACAAAAAUUCUUUGACAACAAUUGCUGUUGGUUUGUUUUUGUAGCGUAUGGUAUGCCAUUUAAUGUCCGACAUGCAGUUCAGGGAUAUGACCACCACUUCACCUUUUUUACCCACCUUUCUUGACAGACCAUUUUUGAGCUAUUUUUGGGGAUUUUGAAGUCACACUCCCAUAAUUUUAUGAAUUUUGUUGAACUUUAAAGCGUAAAUCGUUUCAUUUUCAUCUGAGUAAACAAAAGAAUUCAUGAAUCCCGACGGGGAGUAGCACAUAGCCGUAAAAUAGGGUCAUUUUGUUGGAUGAUGUACAGAUUGCAUAUUUGAAAUUUUGGGAAAAAAAACUUAAACGAGACAGUUUCUCCAGUAAAUUGAUUUUUUGCUCAAAAUAUGCUAUGAUAUGGACAUUUUAUUAAAUCCAGUGAUCAUUCAGACCAAUUUUGUCAAAAACAGCGGAAAAUUUGUUUUUGGGUAUUGCCCAAAUGGCUGAGAAUAGAGGCUGCUCGAUGAAACCAGAUUACUGCCCAAAAACAGAUUUUGUCACUCUGUACUAAUGAGUUUUGGGCUAAUUCGUAUUUAUUUUGUUAUUUCAUGGAAGUUUUGGCCAAAACCCGUCCAUAUUUUGAGCAAAAAACAACUUUUCUGGUCAAUUAUAAGCAGAAAAGAGAAAAAAAAAUAAGAUCGAAAAAUUUUGUGUCGGGAAGACCCCCCAAAAAGGAGGGGUGGUGGUCACAUCCCUGAACUGCAUGUCGGACAUUAAAUGGCAUACCAUACGCUACAAAAACAAACCAACAGCAAUUGUUGUCAAAGAAUUUUUGUGUAUUUUAUUUCAAUAUCAAAAAAACGGAUUUAAAAAAACACCCUUUAUAUAUAUAAUGUAAGUUUGAAAAAGGAAAUGUACUUAUUUUAUAUUUAAUGUAUAUUUACUAAACAUUAAUUUAAUACUAAACAGAAAUUUUAUUCAAACAAGUUUAGUUCGUCAAUCGGGUGCAUUCAACUAGCUUAUUUGAGCCAUAUUAUAAAAUGGCUCAAACUUUAUCUUUUAUCACUUUCUUGUGUUUUUAUUUUCAUUUGAAUAAUUAAAAUAUAUAAACUUUAAAAACACAAAAACAGAUGCCAUAGUUUUUACUACAAAUUUAUAAUUGAACCAUUGCGACAAAAAAAUAAACCCUCGAAAUAUUUUAGUUUUUUCAUAUAGAGUUGUUGUUGUAAACGCUAUAUAAAAAAAUUUCAUGUUGCACUUUGAAACCAAAAUAUUCUAAGAGUAUCUUUUUGUCACAAAGAUUCAUAUAGCAUUCUAAUUGCUAUGCAUUUGCAUAGUUAUUAUGCAUAGAGUAUAUCAUAUUAGAUUUUAUUGUUUUCUGUUGUUCACUAUGUAAAAUGCCUAAACAACCGCAUAGCAAAUUAAAUACUAUUGAUGUAUGAAUACAUACAUACAUUAAUGUAAUUACACUUUUCAAGAUAAUAGAAUAUUGUGUUUAUUUCUCAAGAAACGGGAGCUUUUUGUAUUUAUUGUUUGCAUCCUGAAAAUUCAUUUAUUUUUAUUAUUAUUGCCAUUAUCAUUAUUAUUUUUAAUAUUACUGAGCAAUCUUCAUUACUUUCGAAUUUUCUUAUGUUUUGUGUAUUUUUAUCGUUUUGUUAUUUUCUUCCUUCUCUGUUUUUCGGUUUAGAUCUAGAUGACAUUGUUGUUACCAACGGAUGUUCUCCGAAUAAUAAACCAAAAUUGAUAAAUGGAACGGCUUGAUGGCUCGUUUUUGAUAACAUAAAUACAUAUGAAUACACACAUACACAAAAAUUGUAUAAACAUUUAAAAUGAAAUCGUUUAAAUUUUGUGAAGAUUUGCUAUUUAUAUCGAUUGUUACUUAUUUUAAGCGCCAUCUUCUUUCUACUACAAAAAUUUGGAAUUUUGAUUUAUAAUUACACUUUUUGCGAAAAAAAAAAUAGUAAGAAAGAAUUUAUUUGAUUAUUUUGAUCUGGGUUAAGUAUUAUUAUUUGAUAAAUGGAAGGAAAUAAACAUAAUUUAAUAAAUAUUUGUUUUUAAAGUACUAUAAUACUGAAAAA